GGCAGAAGAGUAGCGUCAAUUUUGUUUUCAAGUGGUACGACUGGAUUUCCGAAAGGAGUGAUGCAGUCACAUAGGAACCUGGUGGCAUCUCAAUGCGUUUACAGCCAUCCGAACAUGUGUCAGGGUAUUGAAGAUGCCUUAAACUCAAUCACUUAUCAACCAAUGUCACAUAGUUAUGGAAUGUUUCGUGUGAUGUUCUGUUUAUCCCACUGUAUCACAAACCUCUUGAUGAGCAAGUUCAAUUUAGAAUUGUAUUUAAAAACAAUUGAACAGUACAAGAUGACGUGCAUACAGUUAGUGCCACCGGUGGCCAUCAUGAUUUGCAACAGUCAACUGCUGAGAAGGUGCAACGUUUCAAGUGUGCAAACUGUUUAUAGUUCGGCUGCACCAAUGGGAAAGCAACUGGAAAGACGAUUGAAGGAUGCUUUCAACAACAGAAUUAAUAUCAUCCAAGGUUACGGAAUGACGGAAAGUUCCGGGACGUUGACUCAAAUUCCUGGCAUGCUCGCUAACAUUUUAAUAACCACGCAGGUUGUUGAGCCAGGAACGGGAUUGUCGGUGGGAAGUAACAAGAGGGGCGAAAUAUGGCUCAAAGGUGACAACGUCAUGCUUGGAUAUCUCAAUAAUCUCGAAGCAACAAAAAUAGCAAUUACUGAAGAUGGCUGGCUAAAAACGGGCGAUAUCGGCUAUUACGACGAAAGCAAAUAUUUCUUUGUGGUCGAUCGACUGAAGGAGUUCAUCAAAUGUAAGGGCUAUCAAGUGGCACCAGCUGAGUUGGAAUCCAUUCUGUUGGAGCAUCCGUGUGUGGACGAUGUGGCCGUGGUAGGUGUGGCCCACCCUAUCUACGGCGAGGUUCCCAGAGCUUUCGUUGUUAGGAGGAAGGAAUCGAAUGAGGGAUGCACAGAAGAAGUUAUAACCAACUGGCUGGCUGAUAAAGUUUCUCCGUUCAAAAGAUUGUAUGGAGGAGUAAAGUUUGUACAUUUCAUUCCUAAGUCUUCAAGCGGGAAAAUAUUACGUAAAGAAGUUAGAAAAAUGAUUGGAGAUAGCAAAUUGUGA